AUAGAAUCCUAAACAGCCUCCAUUCGCCACUUUACUUAUCUCUCAAACAAAACACACACACACACACAGCACAGUGCUACGAAUCAAUGGACGGAACCGGAGUAGUGGCGGUGUACGGUAACGGGACCCUAACGGAGAGCAAGAAAUCACCAUACUCCGUCAAGGUUGGCCUCGCUCAGAUGCUCCGUGGCGGCGUCAUCAUGGACGUCGUCAACGCAGAACAAGCCCGCAUAGCCGAAGAAGCCGGCGCCUGUGCUGUCAUGGCCCUGGAGCGCGUUCCGGCCGACAUCCGUGCUCAAGGCGGCGUUGCGCGUAUGAGCGACCCACAACUCAUUAAGGAAAUCAAACAGGCCGUUACGAUUCCAGUCAUGGCGAAGGCUAGGAUUGGGCAUUUCGUUGAGGCGCAGAUUUUGGAGGCGAUUGGAGUUGAUUACGUAGAUGAGAGCGAAGUUUUGACGUUGGCUGAUGAUAUGAAUCACAUCAACAAGCAUAAUUUCAGGAUUCCGUUUGUUUGUGGUUGUCGUAAUUUGGGUGAGGCCUUGCGUAGGAUUCGUGAAGGCGCCGCCAUGAUUCGUACCAAAGGCGAAGCAGGAACUGGCAACAUAAUUGAGGCAGUGCGACAUGUAAGAUCGGUGAUGGGGGACAUAAGGGUUCUUGCAAAUAUGGAUGAUGAUGAAGUCUUCACUUUUGCCAAAAAAAUCGGCGCCCCAUAUGAUUUGGUGAUGCAGACCAAACAAUUAGGGCGGCUUCCGGUGGUGCAGUUUGCCGCCGGUGGUGUUGCAACUCCGGCGGAUGCCGCCCUGAUGAUGCAAUUGGGAUGUGACGGUGUGUUUGUGGGGUCCGGUGUGUUCAAAAGUGGUGACCCGGCUCGUAGGGCUCGAGCCAUUGUUCAAGCGGUCACACAUUACACGGACCCCAAGGUGCUUGCGGAGGUGAGCUGUGGUUUGGGUGAAGCCAUGGUUGGGUUGAACCUUGAUAACAAUGUUGAAAGGUAUGCUAAUAGGUCUGAAUAAGGAAGGGUGUAUGGAGUUGUUUAUUGUGUUUAAUUUAAGAUUGUUGGGAAAUAAUCUUGUUUGUUUUGAAGCAAGUUUGAUUUGUUAUAUAAACAAAAAUAUAUUAUUGAGUUCUUACUUCUUGGAUUUGUAUCCCCU